GUAAAUUAUUUGGCUAAUUAUUUGCACAGUUGUCUGUGUUACAAACUGUAAAUACAACAGUAUAAACGACUCGUACGUUUGUGUGCUACGUAAUUAUUUCGAAGGAAAAGCGCAUUACUAAUAAGCAAAAAAAGACAAAGCAAGUUUUUCGUUCUACAUCAAUACNUCUAGUAAUUUUUGAUAAACGAGAAACGCCGAAUUUAUUGAAAAAACAUUUUGUGUCUAUUACGUAAGUUGGAGAAGUAAAAAUAAAUGAUAUUUUUGUAUUACAUUAAACAACGAUCGAACUUUAAGCAUUAAAACUGCGGUUUUAUAUUGCUCCACUGAGCCUUUGUUAAGAAAGCUAUCGAGGCGUACCGCUUUCUUCGCACUAUUCUUAAUACGGCAAUGCCUCAAUAUGUAUCUACAUGACAUACGCUCUAAGUAAGAUGUUUUUCACAAUACAGAUGUUUUCAUCGUGAUGUAUAUUUACUUCACGGAAACGACUGUCCUGUAGUUAUCGAGUAUCUUUCAAACAGGCAAGAUCGCAGAUAUCUUUCGACACCUCGUUUUUGUAACCGUAUAUAAUGAUGAUUCUUGUGUGCCAAUUUUCAUAUUUUAAUUGAUAGGAUUAUUGUCUUAAAUAUGAUGCACAUUACGCAAAUGCUUACAUUCUGUGGUACUUUGUACUUAAUAUUUCUAACCGGAAUUGCUUCUUCCAUGAAUGAGACUUUAUCUGAAGAAUUGCAAUGCAUAAAACCGAUAUCUUAUAAAAUGAAGAUUUUUCCGCUAAUACAAAAUAACUCUCUUAACAUUGAAACUCGCGUCAAAAUAAACGUUAGCUGUUUACAGUCACCUAUAAAAUUAAAGUUCGGACGUUAUUGUGAUGCACCGGAAAUUAAUGGUUUUAGUAAUAAUAAAUUAAGACGCGAUAAUCUUACUUCUUUGGUUUGGACAACUUCGGUGUCAUUUUUUACGAAAGAUCAAUUUAAAAUUUUACUUAUUAGAGUUUUUCAAGUGAAUCGCAAACUUUUGGAGUUAUCACCUCGAAUAACAUAUCUAAAAACCGGAAUAUAUUGGAUAAAUGCGGUAUAUAAUUGUAGUUUAGACAAAGUUGCAACGGUUUUUUCAUAUGUCCAGCAAUCUGAAGAAACACAAUAUUUGAUUUUGCCGCGUAUUCCCAAUGAAUGGAUAUUUCCAUUAUGGAAAAACCCAGCAAUUAAGGCCACAUUUCGUAUUCGAAUUUAUCACACCAACGAUGAAAAAGCCUUUUCACAUAUGGCUGGUGAUACAAAAAUUGAAAAAAAUACGUCCUGUACAUACUUUCCCUCUACUUCUGUAAUGUCUACUCAUUUAGUAGCAAUAGCAGUCGUACCUUCUACCGUAGCCACUUCCUUUUAUUUUUUUAAAAAAAACAUUAUAAUAAACAGAGUACAGAUGAACAGUAAAUUGUCAUAUGCACAAUCUCUGAUUACAACUAUCAAGCAUCAUGUUAUGAACACUUGGAAAGAUGUAUUAUGGUCACGUGUGAUUUAUGCAGCACUACCAAUAAAUUCUAGCCAUUACGAAAGUGUAAUAACUAAAAAUCAUGUUUUCUUCAAUGAAGCUGAAAUUACAUACGAUGAAGAAAUAGACUCACUUGCACAAAAAAAAACAGUAACAUGUUUAGUAGCACGUAACGUAAUACAAGAAAUGUUUAGUGAUUGGUUACCUUCAUUAAAGCAGUCUGAUUCUUGGUUUAUGGGAGGUUUUUCAACAUUUUAUGGAGUGUAUAUUAUCGAUCAGAUGUGUGGUCACUCUUUACUGAAGUCUCUAAUAGUCCAAACACGACGAGAAACUCUUGAUUUUAUAGAAGCAUAUACUACACAUAAUAUUCCAGUUAAAGAAAUAUCACCGUUCAUAUCUCCAAGCUCGAUUUUUAUCGAAUUGUGGCGAAAAAGUGCACUCAGUAUAUUUUACAUGGUCACUGACAUUGACAAACAUGUUCUAUACAACUCCAUGUUUAGAGAAGCCAUAAACAUACAUCAUAACACUUCAUCAAGUGAUACAUAUACUACGCAGUCAAAUGUGGCUAUUUUAUGGAGCAAAUUACUAUCUGAUAUGUCUACGCACAAAAAUAUGUUUUUCAUGAGAACUUUAACAACUGUGAUAACUUCUUGGACACACGUUGGUUAUCCUAUAGUACAAGUAAACCGACACAAUAAUACACGAACUCUUGAAAUAGCGAUUAAAGAUUGUUUUCUAAGUACUAUGGAAAAUUCUUGUGUAAGCAUGUGGUGGAUACCUGUGAACUAUAUAAUAAUACCACAGUCUAAUAUCAAGUCUCAAUCGUACUUACAACCAGACGAAAACAGUAUUAUAGUUCUGAAUAUUGAAGAAGAUGAUUCUAUCAUUUUUAUAGAUGUACCUGGAUAUCGCGUCAACUACGAUCGUAAAUCUUGGGAAAAUAUUGCUCUCUUCUUGAAAACUACAACAUUUAAUAUGUUAAAUUUAUCUGACGUCACGUUAGCUCAAAUUCUCGACGAUGCUUUUUAUUUUUUAGUACAAAAUACAGCUUAUAAUGAAAAUUUUGAUUUAAAUAGUACUGAUAACUUAGACAUAUUUUUUGAUAUUGUAGACAGUGUAUUUCACGUGAACAAUUCCUACAUUGCUUGGUAUCCUGUAUUUACUGCUUUUGAGUACUUAUCAAAAAUUUUCCCGUUUCCAGAAAGUACAUACAUCAAGUAUAGAAUUUUGGCUGUAUUGAAUAAGUUUCUUGAGGAUUCGUCGCAUACACCUUCUUCCGAAAAUAAUGUCACUAAUCAGUUAUAUUUCGAAGUUUUAAAAUGGACGUGUAUUCUUGAUGGUUUAAAAUGCAAAGAUAUUGUUAUGGCUGAAUUCAAGUGGCAUGUACAAGAUCUUGACAAACACAAACUCUUGCCAAGUUGGCAGAAAUGGAUAUUUUGCCAGACUGUAAUAGUAGAAAAUUCUUAUUAUACAUUUACUGUAUGGAUUACACUUAUGCACAUGUACAAAGAACAGUCAAAAGUAGAAGAACUGUUCAAAGUCGUACUUUGUUCUAGACAUACCACCAAUUUUUUACUAACUCUCUCUUCCCUUUUAAAUUAUUCACUACCAUUAAAUGGAUAUAAUUUCACUAUAAAAGAAAGUGAUAGGAUUACUUUUCUUUAUAAUACGAUUGCAAAGCAUAUACAAAGUGUUGAAUCGCUUACAUCUUUACUACACGUAAUAGAAAGUAUAAAAGAAAGAAGAAACAUUAACAUAGCUGCAAUAGUGACCUGUAUUAUUAAUCACGUAUAUUCAGAUGAAAUCCUGGCAAAAGUUACCGAUGAGAAUCUCUUCCAAAAGCUGAUGAAUUUACAUCGCACGCCAUCGUUUGUUAUCGAUGCCAUUGAAAAAAAAGUUAUUACUCGUCGCAAUUUUCUAGGUGACAUAAGAUAUAACCUUCGUCAAAAACCCCAUGAUGCAAUUUACAGAUAUUUAGUUCACGUAUAUUUUUUUUUUACAUAAUGUGCUUUGUUAUUUAAGUGUAUAAAAUCUACCAUUUACUAGUGUUGUUCAAUACUUAUAUCACUUUUGAUUACUGAGUAGUUCUAUUUUAUGACAACAAAAACUAAAUAUAACUUAUACUUAAAAUUGGUACUACAUAUUACAAAUUUUAGUAUAGUUACUAACGUGCGCCAGUUGUUCAUAAAAUAAAUCCCAAUCCUCAGUAAGAUAUAAUAAUUAAUAAUAGGUUGGUUGGCUAAAUUUUGUUUGUAUAUUUAAAUUAUAGCACUAUUCUGCACC